UGGUUACCUGACCUUAUCAUCACUCUAAAAUCCUCCACAAUGGCUCUCCAUAUACCGGGUCUGAUAAUGAUGGUCGUCUUCUACUUGCUUGUGUUGGGAAUUGGCAUCUGGGCGUCUGUAAAAUCGAAGAAGAUGGAGAAAAACACAUUCACUGGACAGAUAGAAGUUUCUUUUUUGGCUAAUAGGAAAGUCAGCUUGGUAGUGGGAGUCUUCACAAUGACGGCCACUUGGGUCGGAGGUGCCUUUAUCAUUGGAGUUGCAGAGACUGUUUAUGACCCCACAAAGGGACUCAUCUGGGCUCUUCUUCCUCUGCAAAUGUCAGUUUCCUUUAUUUUUGGCGGGCUGUUCUUUGCAAAGCCAAUGCGGGACCAAAACUACAUCACUAUGAUGGAUCCAUUUCAGAGAAAGUAUGGAAAAACACUGACUGGGCUUCUUGCCAUUGUUCCAUUCAUAAGUGAAGUGAUGUGGGUUCCUGUCACACUGAUUUCAUUGGGGGUUACCAUUAGCAUCUUCUCCGAUCUGCCCUUAAGUCUUUGCAUCUGGAUCUCUGCUGCAGUGGCCAUCAUCUACACUGUGCUUGGAGGUCUCAGUUCAGUUGCUUUCACUGAUGUCAUCCAGCUAUCGUUAGUGUUUUGUAGCUUGUGGCUGUGUGCCCCCUUUGUUCUGGCAAGUGAUGUUUAUACGGACAUCACUCAAACAGCGUUCAACCACACACAUCAGGCUCCCUGGCUUGGCCGCCUUAAGUCUGAUGAAGUGUGGAGAUGGAUUGAUCAGUUCCUAUCAAUGAGUGUUGGAAAUUUGGCGUUUCAAGAUUUUCAUCAAAGGACUCUCUCCUCCAGCUCCACAUCUACGGCCAGAAUGAUCUGUUUUAUAGCAGCUGGUGUUGUCAUUGUUCUUGGAAUUCCACCUGUGCUGAUUGGUGCAGUUGCAGCCUCAACAGAUUGGAAUAUGACCUCCUAUGGGUCGCCCUCUCCGUAUGAGCGAGGAGAGGCGGCCAUGGUGUUGCCCAUCAUCCUUCUGCAUCUUACCCCGACUGCUAUUUUCGUUGUUGGCAUGGGAGCUAUCGCUGGUGCUGCAAUGUCAUCUACUGACUCCUGCCUGUUGGCAGCAACUUCCAUCUUCACCACCACCAUCUACAAGCCCUUUAGACAGCAGGCCUCAGAUAGAGAGCUGCACUGGGUGAUUUGCUUCUCCAUAGUGGCUGUAGGGAUUGUGGGAACUUCUCUCACCUACCUGGACAACAGCAUCUUAGCAUUCUGGAUCCUGAGCUCAGACUUGACUUACACCAUAAUGCUCCCUCAACUGAUCUGCAUCCUCUUCAUCAAAGUUUCUAAUGGCUAUGGUGCUGUUAUAGGCUAUAUUGUUGCUUUUGUGAUGAGAGUUCUGUGUGGAGAGCCGGUCUUCCAUCUUCCUGUCAUUCUGCAUUUCCCAGGUUGCACUUUAGAGGAUGGUGUUUACAUUCAGCGCUGGCCUUUCAAGACCAUCUGCAUGCUGUCUGCUCUGGUCUCCAUUCUGAUGUUUUCAUAUGUGUCUUCAUUCCUGUUUAACAAGGGGAUCCUUCCUGAGAGGUGGGACGUGUUCAAGGUGAAAUUACAAGGGGUGCCAGCACCAGCAGAUGGCGCCAGAGAGUGUGAUGGUGAAAAGGCUCAUGUUCAAAAUGAAAAUGAGCCAAUGCUUGACACAGGUUGCUAA